AUGCAGGUCUCUUACCAGUUUGGCAUAGAACAACCAGGUAAGCACUCCGGCAGUGCAGUUAUUUUCAUAUAAAUUAAGCAAGACUGCAUGUGUAUUCCAGAGCAUAGCUGUCAACUUACAGAUUUGAAAAUAAGGGACCAGCAGCCUCGGAAAUAAGGGAUCAGCAGCCAAAAUAAGGGAUUUUCCAAGCACAGGUAUGUUCAACUUCUGAGCCCCUCCGAGCCAAAGGCAGAAAGCCCAGCCAGCAGCCAAAUGAAGCCUCAAGCGGUGGUUCCCACAGCGCAGCAACCCAGCAAAGGGGAUGCAGCAAGGAAAACCACUGUUACCUCUCCGCUGGGAAGCGCUGAGCAAAGGCGAGUCCCCAGGCAACGCGGCCGAUUUGAUCGGCACAAGGCAUGCAAGCUCCACUCCCCAGUCGUUAUUAGACUCCUUAUUGGGUGAGCAACGCAGCCAAGCAACACAGUUGGAGCCUCCCUCCUCCCUGGCUGGCAGGGAGGGAGAGGAGCUGCUUCCUUUGAAACCCGGGAAAUUUAAGGGACACCAUCAAUAAGGGCAGCAGUGGCACACAGCACUGGGAUAAGGGACUUUCCCGCCAGAUACAGGACGGUUGCCAGCUAUGUUCCAGAGCCUCCCACCCCCGCAAGUGCACUGCUGCAAGCUAGAAAUUUGGCAUCAGAAUGUCCCCAGAGAAGGUAAGAUGACCUUGCAUCAAAGCAAGUGUCCCCCCACCCACACUUUCCACUGCAUCCUCCCAUCACUUCGCUUAUUGCAAGAAGUCCAAUCCUUUGGGAGGUCUUGCAGAGCAAACUGCUUCCCCACCCAACUAUAAAUGUGCACCCUGAAUUUGCCAGUGUAUGACUGAACCCUAACCUGAAACAGCAAGCAGUUUGGCAGCACCCAUUGUCCCCACCCGCUCCGAGUACAGUGCCUUAUCAGGAAAGGAUUGCAGUCAUUCCAACGCAGGAAGUGAUCAGGCAAAAGGAAAGACCAGGCGCACAGUGACACAAGGACUGCGAUAAGGUUUCUUCUCAUGACAGUUAUGCUAAACUCCAGCCACAGUCCCACUCCAGGAGAUGCGCUAAGGACAUUAACACAAGAUAAUAAACUCCAACAAAGUACUCACCAGGUGCAGCACAGUCCAAAACAAACCUCCAUCAAGCACAGAGAACCAGCUCAGGUCCAAAUGUGAUCCAAAGGCAAGGUCAGGAAACAGUCCAAGACCAGUAUAUAAGAGGGAGGUUAUAUAAAGGUGCGUAUCAGCCACUCAGGGUACAUAGCAGUGCUGGAUUAAACCCUGUGGAGGUCCUUAGGCAGUUGAAAUCUCAGUGACAGAUAUCCCCACUGGUGGGAAUAAUUUUCCUUCAAGAUAUUAUUUUGAUAAGUUGUCACAGGACCCCUAAAAAGUGGGGGGGGGCCCGAUAGGCUGGUACCUACUCUGCCUAUUAGAUAUUCAUACCUUGGACACGGGUGGUUCUGUAGUCUAAACCACUAAGCGUCUUGGGCUUGCUGAUCAGAAGGUUGGCGGUUCGAAUCCCCGUUGUUCUGUCCCAGCUCCUGCCAACCUAGCAGUUUGAAAGCAUGCCAGUGCAAGUAGAUAAAUAGGUACUGCUGUAACGGGAAGGUAAACAGCAUUUCCAUGCGCUUUGGUUUCCGUCACGCCAGAAGCGGUUUAGUCCUGCUGGCCACAUGACCCAGAAAGCUGUCUGUGGACAAACACCGGCUCCCUAGGCCUGAAAGCAAGAUGAGCAACCCCAUAGUCGCCUGUGACUGGACUUAACCAUCCAGGAGUCCUUUACCUUUGAGUCAAGAGUCCUGUGUUGCUUCCCACAACUAAAUGCCUCAAAAGGGAGGCCUUAUAUAAACACACACUGGCCUCCCAAACCACAGCUGCUAGCAAUCAAGGGGGUAGUAGGCCUGGUUUACUCUCAAGAAUUCUGCUUACUCCUGAGUAGACCAGCAGCUCUGAGUCUUUAGAGGCAUACUACACUGUUGCUCUCCCACAGGGAUGCAAAGCUUUUUUGCUGGUGGUGUUCUCAAGUCGUCUCUUCUGCAGGUUGCAGAGGUUCCUCAAGGGUGGGGUCAGCAAACUUUUUCAGCAGGGGGGCCAAUCUACUGUCCCUAAGGCCUUGUGGGGAGUCAGACUAUAUUUUGAAGGGGGGAAAUGAACAAAUUCCUAUGCCCCACAAAUAACCCAGAGAUGCAUUUUAAAUAAAAGCACACAUUCUACUCAUGUAAAAACACCAGGCAGGCCCCACAAAUAACCCACAGGUGCAUCUUAAAUAAAAAGUCACAUUCUACUCAUGUCAAAACAUGCUGACUGACUGCAGGCCAGAUUUAGAAGGCCUUAAAUUGCCUACCCAUGCUCCAGGGGGUCCUCCACAUUGGACUUGGUGGGUGGUGAGGGGGCUCCUAGCUGCUUCUCAAAGCCCUCAACCUGUGGGGUGCCCGGUUAAAGAUAAAGGUAAAGGGACCCCUGACCAUUUGGUCCAGUCGUGACUGACUCUGGGGUUGCGGCGCUCAUCUCGCUUUAUUGGCCGAGGGAGCCGGCGUACAGCUUCCGGGCCAUGUGGCCAGCAUGACUAAGCCGCUUCUGGCGAACCAGAGCAGCACACAGAAACGCCGUUUACCUUCCCGCCAGAGCAGUACCUAUUUAUCUACUUAUGUGCUUUCGAACUGCUAGGUUUGCAGGAGCAGGGACCGAGCAACGGGAGCUCACCCCGUCGCUGGGAUUCAAACCGCCGACCUUCUGAUCGGCAAGUUCUAGGCUCUGUGGUUUAACCCGGGGUGCCCGGUUAGUGCCCUCCAAGUUCCCCAUGCCAGGGGGCCAGGCACGGCAGCCGCUGCUUCUGCCUAUUUGCCUGGCUUACUGCCAGGCUCUGCCUUGAAUAGGUAGGCCGAGAAAGAUGGAGCGGUGCCACGGGUCUCCCUUAUUUCUUCUGUCUCUCGGUGUGGUGGCUACUGUCUCCUCAGGAGUCGGCAGGAAGAGCAGCAGGGAAAAUGCCAACAUAAACAUGGGGGGCAGGGAGCUGGUGGGUCCUGAGACCCCCCCUUCAGCUUCCGCUACCUGUCUGCCCCAGGUCUAUGGAAGAUUGCAAUAUUCCCCAAAAUGAAAAUCUGGACAAAGUUGAGCUUCUUUUCUUUUCUCAAAGUUGUUGAGAUUUUGGGGAGGAACAUCACCCUGCAAAUAAGUUUGGGGCUUUCUCCAAUUUUUGAAGGAUUCCCCUCCCCCCCCCACACACAAACAAAAUAACCCCUUUGCCAUAUGUCUGGGUUUUCCUGGACGUUUUUCCAAUCUAACGAAAUUCCACCCAGACGCAAAAUGGCUUCCUGAUUCCCGGAACGUGUCCAGGAAAACCAGGUUGUAUGGCAGCCCUAGCAAUUUAGGGGUCCUGUGACAAUAACAUUGGUUUAUUAAAAUUGGUUGGUCAGUAAAAUCAAAAGCAUAUUAGAUCAUUUGUGAGGCUGCCACCCCCACCCCCGAGAUUUCGACUGCCAAGAGGCCUCCACAGGGUUUAAUCCGGCACUGAGAAUUUCUAACAGGCAGAGUUUGGGUACAGGUGGCUACUUUUCAUUAAUGUAACAUAUAGGACUUGGCUAUACAAAUAUACCGUAUUUUUCGCUCUAUAAGACGCACCAGGCCUCAAGACGCACCUAGUUUUUGGAGGAGGGAAACAAGAAACAAAAUAUUCUGAAUCUCAGAAGCCAGAACAGCAAGAGGGAUCGCUGCGCAGUGAAAGCAGCAAUCCCUCUUGCUGUUCUGGCUUCUGGGAUAGCUGCACAGCCUGCAUUCGCUCCAUAAGACGCACACACAUUUCCACUUACUUUUUAGGAGGGGAAAAGUGAGUCUUAUAGAGCAAAAAAUACGGUAAACGUUUUAAGUGUUUGUUUCAAGUGCAUUAUAUAGAUUUGACACUAGAUGGCGAUGGUGAGCUUAUGGCAAAUUCAAUAUAUUUAUUUUUAAAAAGCAGUUUUUUAUAUGUGUCUGGAUUCCACCAUAGUCAAAUUCUUACCAUACUGUUGGAGUCCCACUCUCCACAUGCCCACCCUUUCAACCCAUCAAUAAACUAUGGGACCUGAUUUAAGGUUCUGAUUUAGUGUGUAAAAAUCCUUAUACAGCUUAGGACCCAGAUUCUUGUUGGAGUGCCUUUUCCUGGAAAUGGGUUUGUGGAUUAAAUCCCACCCAAAGAGAGCAACAAUCUAGAAGCCCCCUUCUCAAAAUUCCCAUACUGUAGUUUUGGUUCCCUUUACAGACACCUGGAUUGCUUUAGCUGAGAGGGACAAACUUGCAUGCAUUAGACUACCCCACCUCCAAAUGGUCUAGUAUUGUGAAGCAAGCAGUUGGCUAACUACUUUAUUUCCAUGGCAACAUAUUUGCCAAGCAUCAGGGCUAACAAUUGUCUUUUGUCAAGACCUAAGAGGCUUGGCUAGGUCUUGCUGGAGAGCUGUUAAGAAAACUCCUGUUCCACAGGUUUGACCACUUCAGCAGAUACUUGUCCAGCUGCCAGUCUUACAGUCAUAGAUUCAUCAAGUCGCAAGAGGGGUCUCCUGGUUAUUCUAGACCAACCCCCCAAAUUUCUGAUAACACCAAUGCUCAGAGGUAAUUUGUUUCCGCAGACACAAAACACAAGGUGUGGAAGAAGUUGACUAUCACACACGGGGCCGGAUUUAGGUUUGAUGAGGCCCUAAGCUACGGAAGGUAAUGGGGCCCUUUUUAUGUCCAGCUGUUCUUUGUCAACAACAAAUUGUCGCUGUUUUUUGUGUUGAAUAUAUGCUAUAUGGUAAUUUACGGACCUAAUAGCUAUCUAAAGCCAUUUGCACAUAACAAAUAGGAGCCUACACAACACAAAACACUGUUGCUGUAUGUAGGUUUUAUUUUAUUUGUUUUUAUUUUAUAUUCUGGAAAUGUACAUCCAGGUUUUUUUCCUUUAAUUUUUUUUUUGGGGGGGCUCCAAGAGAGUGGGGCCCUAAGCUAUAGUUUGUUUAGCUUACACAUAAAUCCGGCACUGAUUCACACUUUGGCUAACUUACACGAAUUUUGCUUGGCAGAAACAUACUGAAAUCCUUAUAAGAGACAUGUCACCUUCCAAAUCCUUCUAGUUGAAUCCCAGAGAUAUCUGGCUGGCCACUGCUGAGGACAGGACUUUGUUGUUGUUGUUUUUUAUAAAUAUUUAUUAAGAUUUUCACAAUAUUACAAAAUGAAAAAAGAAAAAGAAGAAAAAAUACAAAAUAAAAAUAAUUAAAAACAAUUCAAUCUUUCUAUCAUUUAUCUUUCAUUUACUUGUUUCCCGGACCUCCUCAUACCUCCCUUUUAUGUAUUCCAGUUCCUGAGGACAGGACUUUGAAAUAGAAAGUGAAGAUGGUAUCACACCUUGCCGGCUGCUUUUCAAACCAAAGAACUAAAGCAGCUCACGAUGAAGACAAAUAAACAAUAUAAUGACAGAAUAAUCAAAACCCUACCACUGAAACCACACACAGAAGGCUUUUUUAUUAUUAUUAAUCAGGCAUCAUUAAAAACAAACAACAUGAAAAUAAAAAGAGCCAUCCUAAUACCAUCAAAUCUCAAUAAGGGCCUGAUUUCCACCACACCUCCAAUAUACAGUGGUACCUCUGGUUAAGUACUUAAUUCGUUCCGGAGGUCCGUUCUUAACCUGAAACUGUUCUUAACCUGAAGCACCACUUUAGCUAAUGGGGCCUCCCGCUGCUGCCACGCCGCCGGAGCACAAUUUCUGUUCUCAUCCUGAAGCAAAGUUCUUAACCCCAGGACUAUUUCUGGGUUAGUGGAGUCUGUAACCUGAAGCGUAUGUAACCCGAGGUACCACUGUAUCUCCAGUCCUGACCCACAGGCAAUCAUGUUCUGAUCUUAUGUUCUUAAGUUCAGGCCUCCUGCCACUGUUCUCCAACUUCAGCUCACAGCAGUAAUAUGGGGGCACUGGGGAAGGGGUAUUUUUUAUUUUUUGUUUUGUAAUCCUUGGCCAGACCUCAGUGUUUCCCGCUAGUAGAAACAUAGCCAGACCUAUAGGCCUUUGUCCCAAACCACAAAAAGCAUCUCUUCCGUUAUUCAGUGGGCAGGGAAAUACAUGCUCAGAGGCAAUCUGUUCUAUACUAUAUUUUUACACGCUCACAGAUUGCGCCCAAUGAAUGAAAAUAGGUUCUUGAGUGGGGUCUCAGGAUCCAGGUAUUUACAGUGGUACCUCGGGUUAAGUACUUAAACUGUUCUUAACCUGAAGCACCACUUUAGCUAAUGGGGCCUCCUGCUGCUGCCGCGCCGCCGGAGCACGAUUUCUGUUCUCAUCCUGAAGCAAAGUUCUUAACCCGAGGUACUAUUUCUGGGUUAGCAGAGUCUGUAACCUGAAGCGUAUGUAACCUGAAGCGUAUGUAACCCGAGGUACCACUGUAUUUGUUUUAAGAUGUUUAUGAAUUGCCCAUCAUCCUAAAUCUCUAAGAGAUUUACAGCAAAAAUAAAGUACAGAGUUAACGUGCGCCACAAAUAAAACAGUAGAGUAUGAGGAAAGUGACCAGAUAAAAUUAACGUACCGGAAAUGCUUGCUGAAAUAAAAAUGUUUUCACAGCACGGCGGAAUCCAUACAGUGUCAGCAUCCAUCUCACCUGGAAGAGCAUCUGUUUUGCUUCCAGAAGGUCCCAGGUUCAGCCAUUCACUCUCAGUUCAAGCACUCAAGUCGAGCAAACAAAACCUUUGACUGCCACCUCAGGAUCUUAAAAACAGCUCCGUUGGAUUUGACCAGUCCCAGAUCCCAUUUCCUGAAGCAGUCAACCAGUUGUUUGCAGGAAGUCCAUAGGUAGUGUGUGAUAGAAAUAGAUCUAACCUAUAAUAUACCACCCUGCCCCCUGCAUUCUGAGGAAUAUUACCUCUGGAUAUAGAGAUUCUGUUUAUGGCUAAUAUAUGGGGUUCGUUGUUCCCAUAUGGCUCUUAUCCUCCACAGAUUUAUUUAAACACCUUGUGAACCCUGCUAAGCCAAUGGCUACUGUUACCGUAAGUUGUGGGUGAACAUAUCAGACGACACAGCGAUUCUUCAAACAGCUCUUGUUUAUUCACAGGCCAGAACAGAACUGAACUGAACUGAAGGGUUCAGUCAGCCUGUUUAUAUAGAGCUCCAGUACAAUGUUACUGUAACAACUUUCUAAAACUAUCCAAUCACUGAAUGUCACUUUCGAUCCUUCAUUUGCAUAACUAUCUACAGUAUCCCCCUGCUGGCUCAGGAUGAGAACUUCAGUACAUAACAGCUACCAUCAUCCUUCCUCUGUCCUGUAUCUUUUGCUAAUAAAUUUCACUGAGCUCUAGUAUAAUGGCAUCUCCAGGUAGGGCUGUGAGAGAACUCACUCUGAAAUCCUGGGGAGCCGCUGGCAGUCAGUGUUGACAAUACUGUGCUAAAUGGAUGAAUGGUGUUUGUAUAAGGCAGCUCCCUAUUUCCCUAUCUUUCUAUGUACAGUGGUACCUCGGGUUACAGACGCUUCAGGUUACAGAUGCUUCAGGUUACAGACUCCACUAACCCAGAAAUAGUACCUCGGGUUAAGAACUUUGCUUCAGGAUGAGAACAGAAAUCGUGCAGCGGCAGCAGGAGGCCCCAUUAACUAAAGUGGUACCUCAGGUUAAGAACAGUUUCAGGUUAAGAACAGACCUCCAGAACGAAUUAAGUUCUUAACCUGAGGUACUACUGUAUCUCCACUGGAUGGUCUGUUCUGAGUAAAGAGAGACUUGGUUUCUGGGACAGAAGGGCACCUCCCAAAGCUCAGUCCCUGAUCAUCCAAGUGGUUCUUGUUGUUUUACAAAUCUCCUUUUGCAUGUGUCUUUAGGUGAGGGGAGAGGGACUUUCUGUCAUUCAUCAGGCAAUGGCUUUUUCCACCUGCCUUCCCCCACCACCCAGGCCUAGGAGCCUUUCCCAGACCAUGACUUUAAGAACGGCAGAAGCAGCUGGGAAGACAGAAGCCAAGUUCAGGGAUAUUUUUUAAAAACAAAAUAUAAGUUGUAUGUCCUCAUUUCUCUAUUUGAUCCUUUUACAUGGUUUUUUAUGUUUUGUGGAAUUUUAUGCAUUGUGACUUGCCGUUAUUUUUAUUGCUUAUAAAAAGGUAAAUGACCCCUGACAGUUAUUUUUUUUUCUAAUUUUUUAUUAAAGUUUUAAACAACAAAACAAGAAAAACAACACACACAAAAAACAAUACAAAACUUAACAAUAAAAACACAAAGCACAACAAUUAAAAACAAACUCUCUUUUCCAUUUCCAAUUUUAAAUUACUUAUUUUCUAGACUUCCUCAUACCUCCCUCUUUUGUAUUCCAGUCCACAUUAUUUGUCCAGCAGUUUCUUUUCCACUUUUUAAUCCCAAUCUUUAAUUUAAUAAAAUGUUGAAAUAUAUAACUUCAACUUUUUAAACCUAAUCCUUGAUCUUAAUAUCAUAUAACUUUAAAGUUUUCCCUUUUAAUAUCAAAUUUCCAUUUCUUUAAACAUCUUUAAUCUUAAUCUUUAAUCUUAAUCUAUCCUUAACUUUAACCUGUGCAGCUGGAAACCACUUGUUUUCAGUCCAACAUCACUCUAACAUUCCUUAAUUUUGCAGUGUUUCUGAAGAUAGUCUUUGAAUUUCUUCCAGUCUUCCUCCAUCGACUCUUCUCCCUGGUCACGGAUUCUACCAGUCAUUUCAGCCAGUUCCAUAUAGUCCAUAAGUUUCAUCUUCCAUUCCUCCAGCGUGGGAUGACCCCUGACAGUUAAGGCCAGUCGUGACCGACUCUGGGGUUGCGGCGCUCAUCUCGCUUUACUGGCCGAGGGAGCCGGCAUUUGUCUGCAGACAGUUUUUCCGGGUCAUGUGGCCAGCAUGACUAAGCCGCUUCUGGUGAAACCAGAGCAGCACACGGAAACGCCGUUUACCUUCCCGCCGGAGCGGUACCUAUUUAUCUACUUGCACUUGGAUGUGCUUUCAAACUGCUAGGUUGGCAGGAGCAGGGACCAAGCAACGGGAGCUCACCCCGUCGCGGGGAUUCAAAUUGCUGACCUUCUGAUCGGCAAGCCCUAGGCUCUGUGGUUUAGACCACAGCGCCACCAUUAUUUAUUGUAGUUGGUAAGUGUAAAUAGUUUCAUUAUUAUUGCUGAUAUUUAAUUUUACUAUUUACUAUUAUACAGUAAUGGAUUAUUGAAUAUUGCUUUAUUUGAUAUAAGCUGCUUAUUUUAAAGUUAUUGUCACUUGUUUGUAUUGGAUCAGAUUGUUAUCACAUGUGUGAUCUUUGUUGUCUAAUUUUGGUUGUUUCUUCAGCUUGUAAACCGCCCUGUAUAUAGUAAUAUAGGAAGGCAGUAUACAAAUUAAAAGUGAAAUGAAAUUUAAAAGCAUACCUUCAAAACAGCUGGAAACACUUUUUCAAAUGGCAACUAAAGAUAGGUUUGAAAACAAUACAAAGCAGACACUCAUUGACAGAGAUCCAUUCAUCCAACUGGGAAAGGUUGUCAGAGUGAAAAUAUUUUCAAUUGUUUCCAAAAAGUACAGAUAAUAGGUGCUUAUCCCAGCAGCAAUGCUGUUCCACAAAACAGAGGCAGCCACACUGAAAGCUCUUUCUGCAUACUGGGCUUCUAAUAUUUAAGGGCCUUGAAGGAGAAAUCUCUUGCAGAACUACGGAUGAGGCAGUCUCAGUGAGGCAGUGGUUCUGAGCUGCAUAGGGCAUAGGGCCUUAUAUGUUAAUACUAACACCCACUGGCGGAGGAAGAGGAGUGGGGCGCCAUCGCGGCUGCCCUCCCCGCCCGCGCUGGGCGCCAUGCCCCUACAGGUGGUGCGGCACGCUCCCGGGUGCUCGUCAGACCUGCCCCUACCUACUCUCUGCCCCCCCCAGUGCCAGAGCAUGAAACUCCGCCACCGCUAACACCUUGAACUUGGCUCAGCAGAAGAUGGGUAGCGAGUGCAAAUCCUGAAAACCAAGGUGUUGCAUAGUUUGUCCCCACAAACAGCCUAGCCGUUGCAUUUUGCACUAGCUGUGGCCUCUGGAGCAACCUCAGUGGUAAGUCUCACAUAGAUCUCUUUGCAGUAAUUCAGCCUUGAAUGAUUGAUAAACCGCCCUUUGACUGGAUUCUCGGUGCCUGAAAGUUCAAAACAUUGGCCCCAUCUGCAUUAAGCGGUAUCAUACUGCAUUCAAAAGUCAGGACUUCCUCCAGAGAAUCCUGGGAACUAUAGUUUAAGGGUGCUGAGAGUGGUGUAACUAUCAAUCCCUCUUCCCAGUGUGGGAAUUAUAGCUCUGUGAGGGGAAUAGCGCUCUCCUACUUACUUUCAGCAGCAAUGGUUCCCAGGAUUCUUAGAAUUCUUGGGGAGGAAUCUAUGACUGUUGAAAGUGAUAUGAUUAUGCUUUGAAUGUCUAGUGCAGACGGGGCCAUUGUCUGAAAGAAAUCCACGCUUCUCAUUCUUGCUCAUUCCCUGACACAGACAAUUGCAGAGAUAGCAUCCCUUUGUCCUCUUCCAAGCUUUCCACUUUAAUGAGCAACGCCACCUUCUGGCCACUUGGAAGUCUGCUAGGCAGGUUAUUACAUAGACAUAGAGAGAAAGGAGGGAUUCAUCCUGCACACUUCUGGCAGGCCAGGCCGUUUUGGGCUGGUGAUGGUGAUCUGCUGGCCCUCACCCAAAUCCGUGGGUCUACAAUUGAGUGUCAGGUGCACAACCAACCCAUGAGAUCUACACUGUUGCACAAGGCUGUGAUUGCUAGGGCUGUUGUAGAAUCGAUGGCUGCAUUGUGUUGCAAGGAUGUAUGUGUUGGAUUACCGUAGUUGCUUCAAGAGAUCGCUCAUGCCUUUAAAUGUGAAAUGAGACUAAAAACUGGCCAGUAACUAAAGGAGGAGGCUGCCUGCUUCCUUAUUCACUCCCACAUUUCUGUUGCCCUUUGAUAUGUACAUAAAGAAUAUAUAUGUUCCAUUUCUCUUCUGAUGCUCCCAGUGUGCUGGGAUUGCAGCCAGAGUAAUACACAGAUUAUAGUAAAACAACUGGAUCUAGGAAACUUAGAUACAAACCGUUUUAGCUUUGAAGCCCACUCCAUGACCUGGGGUGAAUCAUUCCUUGUAAAAACAUGCACAACCUUCUGUACAUGCAACAGAAUAAUAAUAAUAAUAAUAAUAAUAAUAAUAAUAAUAAUAAUAAUGGCCUAUAUAUAAAGCUGCCUUAUACCAACUCAGAGAAUUCCUGCACUCUCGCCUAUAAUGAUUUUCCAACUUUUUGCAUUUUAAAAUAUUCUGUGUCUAUCUUCUCCAUACCCCAACCAGUACUGAUACAGUGGUACCUCGGGUUAAGAACUUACUUCGUUCAGGAGGUCCAGUCUUAACCUGAAACUGUUCUUAACCUGAAGCACCACUUCAGCUAAUGGGGCCUCCCUCUGCUGCCGGAGCACAAUUUCUGUUCUCAUCCUGAAGCAAAGUUCUUAACCCGAGGUACUAUUUCUGGGAUAGCGGAGUCUGUAACCUGAAGCGUAUGUAACCCGGGGUACCACUGUAAUCUGUUCUAUAGAUAAAUAUGCAGAGCUGUGUGUACCGGCAGCUACUGCAUGCAAGGAUUUGUGGACUGGAGCAGCAAUCUUGCAUGGGCAAUAGAAGAGGUGGGACCUGCAAGAAAAUGUUGCAGCGUAGAUUUCCUCCACUCAGUGCCUGCAAGUUAGAAACUUGGAAUGUCAUCCCACAAACUACUGUAGUUCUGUUAGUGCAAGGAACUUUGGCAGUGGCCAAUCACACAUGUUUUUAGGGCAUCUUCCAAAUUCCUGAUUCUUGAUGUUUGUGAAAAAGACCACCUUUUAUAUCAGCCUAUACACAGUAAUCCUGCACAUAUGACUGAUCGGCUCACCUUAUAUAGAUCAGCCAAAUGAUUAACUUCUGGUGACAACAUUGUAUGUUACACAUUCACCACUGAGGAAGUGUCCUUGGUUGAAAAAUGUUUGGUCUUUAGCCUUACUUUUUAUCAUUAUUCAUCACAUUAGCUUGAUGUGAAGGCAUCAUUCUGUUGCUAUCAUAAACUAGGGUUGCCAUAUUUCAAAAAAAUGAAAAUUUGGACGGAAAAGUUGUUUAGUUGUUGUUGUUUUUGCAAAGUUUUUUUGGGGGGGGGCAUCUCAAAUAACAUUGAAAUAUUUGAGCUAUUUUAAAUGGAACUUCCUAUCAUAAAUGCUGUGUUUUAGAAAUUUCGUUCCUAUGUUUGAUGCGUGGCCAUACAGUUUGUAAGACUGAAGUUGAAUUUUCUUUUCAUACACAUUUUAUCAGGGGCAUAGCGUGGGAGGAAGGGAGCGCUGCCAGGGCCAGUGCCCCAGAGCACAUUUUCCGGUGGGAGGUGCGUGCACGCUGCUCACACUGCCCUCCCCAAGCCCGUCCUCUGCUGUUUUGCGAGGCUGUGGGAUCACAAGGUGGGGAAAACCAUAAGGCCAGCCCAUGCCUCUACAUAGCUCCAUCCUUAUUUCAGACACCGUGAUAUACAGUGGUACCUUGGGUUACAUACGCUUCAGGUUACAGACGCUUCAGGCUACAGACUCCGCUAACCCAGAAAUAGUACCUUGGGUUAAGAACUUUGCUUCAGGAUGAGAACAGAAAUCUUGCAGUGGCAGCGCAGAGGCAGCAGGAGGCCCCAUUAGCUAAAGUGGUGUUCUUUACACUCUGCACGUGCUCAGAGGUGGCCUUCAUUAUUCCUCCCCAUGCUAAGGCCCUGGCAUGGAGAAGAAGUUCUGCAACUGGCUUCCUGACAAGCCCUUCCUCCAAAAAGCCAAUUUUUAUACAUGUCUAUCCCAUUUAAAUGAGCUUAGGUAAAGGUAAAGGGACCCCUGUCCAUUAGAUCCAGUCGUGGCUGACUCUGGGGUUGCAGCGCUCAUCUCGCUUUAUUGGCCGAGGGAGCCAGCAUACAGCUUCCGGGUCAUGUGGCCAGCAUGACUAAGCCGCUUCUGGCAAACCAGAGCAGCGCACGGAAACACCGUUUACCUUCCCGCCGGAGAGGUACCUAUUUAUCUACUUGCACUUUGACAUGCUUUCGAACUGCUAGGUUGGCAGGAGCAGGGACCGAGCAACGGGAGCUCACCCCGUCGCGGGGAUUCGAACUGCCGACCUUCUGAUCAGCAAGUCCUAGGCUCUGUGGUUUAACCCACAGCGCCUUUGCCCAUUGGCAUGCCAGAGAUUGGUGACCUGGAAGGGCAGCUCUCUCCCCUCUCAAGCUGAGCUGUUGUUACGACCACCAGUGAAACCAUGAACCAGAGUGAAUGACAGGCAGGUCCAUCGUCUCCCCUCUCCCAGAUCAAUCAACCCAUGAGCGAAAAGAAACCCCUCUCUCUUUCUCCCCUUCUGACCAACACCUGAGGAAUUUGCCUGAAGCCACACGGCUGACAGCUCCCAGAUGCCGCCCCUGCACAGCCGGUGCAUUUACUGCGAGCAACCGAGGGUCACGUAUCAUAAACCCAGGCAGUGCUACAGAUGUCUUCAUAAUAUUUUACAAGAGCUGUGUGCAGCGUUACCCAUAUUUCAGCUGGGAGCGUGAGAGUGAGAGAAAGCGAUAAGAAAGGGGGCGGCGUAAAGGAGCACAAGGUUGCGUGGAGCUCACGGUGGAAACUGGAGAAGGCUUUGAGAUUUUAAAAGCCUUAACAAAAGGGGGCAGUUGGGGGCGGGGGGCGGGGAGAGAGAAGAAACUGUUCAAAGUCUGCUUCCUGAUCCACCAACAGGGCACUGAGCCAAGGAGGCGCAAAAUAAUAAUUAAUAAAAAACGGAUUUUUGUGAAAAUAAUAAUUUAGUGGGGGAUGCCCAAUUUUGUCCUUGCUCAGGGCGCCAUGUGACCAAAGUCCGCCACUGGUUCUUCCUCCCAACUUCGUUGCUGCCCCUUUUGUCUUACAUUUCGCUCUAUCAGCUUCCCCCAAAACUAUAGUUCAGUGUUUGCAAAAGGAAAACCCUGGCCACCUAGAAAGUUAACUGAAAUAUACUCAGAGUCGCAAAGUGAUUUCAUGCUCUUUAUUCAGCUCAUAGUGGUGAGGAGGAAUGAAUGAAAGUCCCCUCAAAGUAUCUGCUUUAUAUACAUUAUUUACACAAUGGGCUGCACAUGAUUGGCUAAUUCUGGAAUUCUACUGUAAGCCAAUCAGGUUGUGGAUUCAUUUAUAUCUGGAGCAUGAUUGGGUGGUUCCUGCCAACCAAUCAUACUGCUGCAUUGUUCUAGGACCAAUCAGACUGCUGCAAUUUGGAUCCUAUUGUUCUAGGACCAAUCAGACUGCUGCAGUUUGGAUCCUAUUGUUCUAGGACCAAUCAGACUGCUGCAGUUUGGAUCCUAUUCAACUCAGUACAUAACAUUAACUGAAACUGUAUUUGGUGCCAGUGGGAGGUGGUAGCCAAAAGCAUGGAAUUAUGCUUAAAUUGCACAGUCCAUUGCUGGUCUUGCAGUUCCUGCCACCUGUGAUGUGUGGCAGUGGUGGACAUUGGACUCUGAAAUUUCAGCGGUGCCCUGUGCAAUGCUAAAUUCCCCCCCUCCACCUCUUGCACACCAUUCUACAGCACUGUUGCAGCACCCCCUGCAGCAUGGCGCCCAGUGCGGCCAAACCAGUUUCGUUGCACUAAAACUGCCUCUGUGUGUGGCUUUGCACGAUAAGGUCCCAGGUUCAGUUGCAGAAAGCAGGACUGGACAAUACAGGCAGUGUGGUGUAGUGGUUAGAGCAGGUGGUGCCCUCCUGGUGUUGUUGAACUACAACUCCCAUCAUCGCUGACCAUUAACCAUUUUGAGUAGGGAUGAUGGAGUAGGCAUGGUCACAUAACAACAGGAGAGCACUAGUUUGGUUACCCCAGGUCAGGGUGUUGGGUUGCGGACUUGGGAGACAAGGGUUCAAAUCCUCACUUGACCAUGAAGUUCAUUGGGUGACCCUGGACCCGACACAGUCAUUCAGCCUAACCCCCAAAACCACAGAAAGUUGUUGAGCUUUUUUGAUGAAAAAGCCAGAAACACACAAUUUCCCGGACACAUGGCAGCCCUAUUCUGGGGGGUUUUCCCCACCCCAGCUGGUUGAAGGGGCAGAGUGGGAGGUCCUGUGUGUUGGCUCUCGCUAGCGCAACUAUCUCGCUGAAUACUGAAUUUACAAUUAAAAUAUAAAGCUGAGGUUUGCAAUCCAUGUUUUUGGCAGUCUACGUAAUGCAAAGUCUAGCUUCAAAACUGUUAGGAGAAAGACGUAACUGCUCUAAUUCUGCUUUGCGGCAGCAAGGGGGAAAGAAUUCGAGAUAGACAUCCCUUUGGUUCCUUAAUCUUGAGAGAAGUAUGUGCUUAAUGUUAUCAGGAAAGUUUAAGAAUCGGAGCUCAAGGAAGUAUUACGAUGAUUUGGAGUUUGAUUUGUUGCCUCUGCAGCUGGAUGGCUCGUUGCUGAUUUAUACUGUGGACUCGGUUGUAUAUGUACCUUUGGGCUAUAUGUUUUCCAGCCUUGGGGAUGUGUUUCUUUAAUUAUAUUCAAAUUAAUAAAAAGUUAAAUAUAAUGGAAAGUAAAUCUGAGUCACAUUUCCCACAUAACAAACUCAAAACUUCAGAAUCCCUCUCUCUACUACAUAAAUUUCAGCUCUAUAAGCCAGACUUCUAUGGCCAAUUUCUGCAAUAACUCAGAGCAGGACUGGCUCAAACUAUCUUGUUGCCUUGGAUGAAAAUAGCUUGUUGCACUGGGAUCAGAGGGGUUGUGUGAAGUCAUGGUUGCCCUACCAGUGAAUGAAGCAAGGCAUUCACUGGGGUGAGGGUGUGACUGGGAGCCAUUACUGCUGUAACCCUGAGAGUUCUCCAAAGUAGCCCAAGAGCACCUGGUAAAUUUGACAAUUCCAAGCAGCUGAAUUGAUUGACUUGGAUCCAGACUAAGUUAGUAGUUGUUGUUUAUUAAUCGCCUUCCACAGGUUAAAAGCUUUGGGAUGCAACUCAGCCAGUGGGUUUGCAUAGGAGAAAGGAGACACAGAGGUGCAAUCUAGGCACAUAUAAAAAACAUUGUGAAAAUGCUUUUUUAAAAAACGUUAUGAAAUAAUAUAUUGAAUUUGCCAUAGCUCACCAUCAAGGGGAAGCCGGAGGAGGCAGCAGUGGCUGCAGCCUGAGGGGGGAGGAGGAAGAGGAGGGGAUGGGGAGGGACGCAGAAGGGUGGCGCUUCCGCGGCCGCUGCGGCACCCCAACCACCUCAUGCCAGGCUCGCAGGCGGCAUGGGCGAGUCUCUCUCUCCCUCCCUCCCUCUCUCUCGGGCGGGGAAGGGCCGAUGGAACUCCUCGCGCCAGGACGACGGCAGCCCUGACGUGCUGCUUAGCAUCCCCUCCAACCAGUGCAGCAUCUUAAUGUAGUGAUUUCCCCCUCUGCAUCCCUUUCAUAACUAGUUUUAUAAAUCAUUUGUCCACCCAUAGUUCAAAUUUUUACUACAAGUUUUCUGUCAAUCCUACCAAUGCAUGUAACUCUUUACAAUAGCUUUGCAACUAAAUUAUAAACUUUCCCCAUUCCUUAUUAAAGAGGUCCUCUUCCUGGUUUCUAAUUCUGCCUGUUAGCUUUGCCAUCUCGACGUCGUUCAUCAGUUUUGUCUGCCACUCUUCUUUGGUCAGAGUUGUAUAGACCCUUAGGAUCAUCUAGUCCAAUCCCCUGCAAAACAGAGUCAGUCGCAGCAAAAGCAGCAUGGCUCCAUCAGUGCGGGAUUUCUGUACAAGCUAAGCAAAAUCCCUUAUUUUGGCUGCUGAUCCCUUAUUUUCGAGGCUGCUGGUCCCUUAUUUUCAAAUCUGUAAGUUGACAGCUAUGCUCUCUGGCAUGUAGCUCACACAGUUUUGCACACAGGAAACUAACCUUUACUACAGAAGGGAGCAACGUAAGGCCUGAGAGCUGAAAGAAAUCCUUCCUGCCUGGUCCUUUUAUAACUGGAGGUGGCAGGGGGUUGAAUGGGGGGGGGGACGGACGUCAGCAUGCAAAGCCUCUGCCUGUCUCCCUCUGCUGGCACCCGGUAGACACCAGACAGAGGUCUCAACACUGUCACAUGAAAACACUAUAGCUUUGCAGGGGUCGUGGGGUGUCAGAUCGACACAGCCCAGAGAGGAUGAAUACAGUACAGUGUUUAUUGGAAAUACCUUAAGCUCAGGGGCUAAUCUUGAGAAUGGGUGACUUUUGUUCAUUCUUGUAUUGCAGAAACGGCCUGCAGGACUAGCGAGGAGCCUUGCUUGACUAGCAGCUUCACAAUGGCUGUGGGUGAACAGCCUGGCCUCAUGCACAUAUCUGCAGGAAUCCCCUGGUUUCCUCCAGGCACAAGUGCCACCUGGUGGCCACUUGGAGAGCAGCAAGCCCAAUCUGUUGACAAAGCCACGUCAACUUGA